AAAUCCAGAUUUUAAAAGAAUUUCGUCAACUUGACAAGAAGCAUGUGGUGAUUUGGUUUGUGUAUGAAGUUAAAUAUGCUGAUAACUCCAAAUGUUUUUGUGAUCUUAAAGUUUGGUUUGCCGAUGAAUAGGGGCAAACAUGAUUGGAAUGACGUGGCGAGAUUAGAUAGAGAAGUGCAUUGAAGUUCACUAAAAACCCAGAAAAAGCAGAAUUCUCCACGAAAAAUCCUCUCAUUUGUAAACCCAAAAAUUGCCUUACAGAAAAUGACCUUUAACCCUCUUAUUUUGUUGCCCCACUAUAAGAAAAUAUAGGAUCUUUCAGUCCAGUUUUUCUUAUAAUCCUAAAAAAAUAUUAUUCUUGAUCUUUUUGUUCUGCAUUUUCAGCUGGGCUCAUGAUCUUUAAUCCACUAGGGGACUAUGGCUUUAUCAGUUGCUUCAGUUGAGAGUAUGGCGUCAUUAAGUAGCGAUAUCUUCUAUGACAUAUUGAGGCGUCUUGACGGCCCAACAUUGGCAAGCGCGGCGUGUGCUUGCGCUGCAUUCUGCUCCAUCUCGAAAGAAGAGAAGUUAUGGGAAAAUGUUUGUUCUUCAAUGUGGCCUUCAACAAACAGAGAAGACGUGAAAAGUUUAAUAUCAUCAAUAGGCGGAUACAGAAAGUUUUAUGCCGACUGUUUUCCACUUAUCGUUAACAAGGAAGUUAUCGAGUAUCAGUGGAACGAAUAUCUAGAGUACCCUGAAGAAUGGACGGAGGCUGAAUACUACGGGGACAUAGAUGAAUUUGAGAGUAUUGUGCCGUCAGAUUUUGUUUCUAUUGUCGAUAUUAGGUAUAAAGAUAAAACAAUAUGCUCAAAAGUCCUGUGGGGCAUUCCGAAUGCUAAUGGAUUCAACGGUUGGUUUUACAAUUGCCCAUUUCGGAUCGAUCUCCUUACAUAUGCAGCAAGGGAUGACGACAGUGAAGGCGAAGUUCUCCUUUCAGUUUCUGAUGGUCUGCCGCCAAUUUUGUCCAUGGAGAAAGAAAGAAAGGACGGAAAACUGUGGAGGGAGCUUAGAGAUGGACUUCGACUUAGUUGGAUUGUGGUGAACAAAAAAAUCAAGCAAGCGGCUAAUCUCGCUAGCUGGAUCCCUCUCGGAGGUCAAAGGCAUUGGCCGACAGACAGGGAUUUUUUGAUCCGUUAUGGGUCCGUUCUCUCAGCGAAAGACAUUCUUCCAUGUCAAGUAGUAGAAUGCAUUCUCAUAAUGAAGUUUAGAGUAAUUCACACAGAAGGAGACGACAUUCCCACAACUCUCAAGCUAACAGAGCUGAGCAUGCAGUUGGAAGACAUGGAAGGCGCUCAUGUAAACGGAAGAAACAGUCUGGUAAUUCUCAAGGAAGCACUGAGUUGCCGCAGAAGCAAAAACUACAGCGAAGCUCUCGAGUCAUGUCAUUUAUACUCGAAAGUGCAGAACGAGUUAAAAGAGGAGAAGAUGAGAAAUGAAAGCAGGAUAGAUAGAAUUUGUAUCAUAAGUGGGAUUGCUGCUUUUCUCACAUUCUGGUAUUAUAUUUUGUAGUUUUGUUUUGAAGUGUAUCAGCUGAAACUAAUCUAACAAAACCAAUAAGCAUGUAAAAUACUACAAUUUUGCCUAAGCUAAUAAAAGUUAUUGAAAUGGUUACAUA